UCUAUACUAUUUCACCUCUUUCUGACUUACCUCAUUAAUGUCCAUAUGAAAAAACAUAUUAAAGAAAUAAAAUAAACCCAAAAUAUUUUAUUUUUCUUUUAUAUCUUUCAAUUUCUUUAACCUUUUGCAAGAAAAGAAAAACAAUCCAUUCAAAAACCAGUAUUACUUUGUUAGACUGAACUCAAAAACAAGAACACAGUUCAUCAUGGGAAAGAAAUUGAAACUCCCAUUUCUCUCAAAAAUGAACUCAAAUUCUUCUGCAGAUUUUUCAGCAGCAAAUAUUUACGUUUCAUGGCCAUGGCCAACUUAUUGUCAACAGCCCAAAACCCUUUCUUUUCGAACAGAAAACAUGUUCAAAACCCUUAACUCAGCUUAUUUUGAAGCUUCUCUUGAUGUUGUUAAUGACACCAAACCAGCUGCAACUGAGUCAAAUUGCUUCACCAACUCGUCUGAAUCUCAAUCCGCAAGCUUCUCAACUGAGUCAGACGAUCAUGACGAGUUAGGAUCAGGUGAGUCUAUAGAGUCUGUGAUUAAAGGUUUAAGGUCAGAGAGAUUGUUCUUUAAACCAGAAGAAACAAGCUCAAUCUUGGAAGAAACAAAAUCAAAAUCAACAGAAACCGAACCAGAAGAAGAAACUGAAGGUGAGUCAUUAUUAUUUCCAUUUAAAGAAAGUGUAGUUUUAUCAAUGGAUUCCCAAGACCCUUAUGAAGAUUACAAGAAAUCAAUGGAGGAAAUGGUGGAAGCUCAUGGUUUAAAAGAUUGGGAAAGUCUUGAAGAAUUACUGAGUUGCUACUUAAAAGUAAAUGGAAAAAAUAACCAUGGUUAUAUAAUUGGUGCUUUUGUAGAUUUAUUAGUUAAUCUUGCUUUUAAUUCUUCAUCUUCAUCUUCUUCAAGUGAUCAUUCUUAUAUUUCUUGUUCUCAUUCUCCAUCUUCUCCAUUGUCAUUCUACACUUCUUCUAAUUUUUCUGAUGAUUCUUCUUCCUCAACUCAUCCUUGUGUUUCUUCUUCUUCAUUACAAGAAGUUCAGAGUGAGAUUCAAGAAAAUUAAAAAAGAUGAUUAAUGUUUCAUCUUAAAGUUUUUGUUCUUUAAUUUGGUCUCAUUUAUGAAUACAAAUGUGUACACAAGUAAUAUCAUAGUAAAAAAAAUAUUCAAGAAUUUUAGCUUUUUUUGCUUA